GCAAGACCCAAGACAGCCUCUUUAAGCCACACACCCAUUCGAAACAGACACUCCCACAUGGAGGAACACCGCAGGCAAGGCUUGCUCACACACAUGCACAGAGCCACACACGUACAGUCGCACACACAGAGUGAGCGGUGGAUGUGUUCCCCCACACUAAAAGGAGUGCGCUCUCUCUCUCACACACACACACACCCCUUCACAUUAUCUCAGGAUCAAACAUAUGCACAGACUCUCACAGACACCUUUGAAAUCCCCAGCAAACUGGCUGGUGCCCCUGGCAUCCUGCAUGCCACUGCCCUGAUGUCACCCACGAAGUCUGCAGGAGUUGCCGUAGGGACAGCUGGCUGAGGGCAGCUGCCUGUAGAAAUGGACUAACUUGCUGUUUCUUCCCCGCCUGCUUCUUCCUCUCCUCAGCCUUUCUGGUCCCCGAUGCUGCUGCUCCUGCUGCUGCUGCCCAUGGUUUGGGCACCUUUGCUGCUGGCACACCUGCAGACCCUGGCCAAGGAUGACAGAUGCAACGAAACCAACUGGCAAAGGAAUUCAACAACAGAAGAAGUGUCUGAUGAGAACGAACACUUCCUAAAUGUGAGUGUGAGCAACCAGGGCCGCUCUGACUCCCUCUUCCUAACUUGGGACAAACUCUUGGGAGAAGUCCAGGGCUUCUCACUGGCCCUUUAUGACUUGGAGACAGACACUCUACUGCAGGAUGGAUCGGCUGGCCAAAAUGCCACCAGCUUCAGCUUCCAAGGCUUGCUUCCUGGAACACGAUACAGCACCAAAGUCACUGCAUUACUGGGCUGUGCAAGGAACUCCACGAAGAGGAUCACUGGGCAAACAGUUCCUUCACCUGUGAGGGAUGUGAUCCUGAACAGUCAUGGCAGCUUCUCAGUGUUGCUGGCCUCCUGGAGUGAAGCCCCAGGUGCGAAGGAUGGGUACCAGCUGAUUCUCUACCACAUAGACUCAAAGGCAGUUGUCAGGAAUGUGACCGUCUCAAAAGAUGCCACCACAUUCCGCUUUGAGAGGCUUCUGGCGGGCAGUGAAUAUGCCCUGCGCAUCACCACACUGGCUGGAUAUUUCAUGGCAAGCACCAGUGCACGUCAGUGGACAGCUCCCAUUGGUCCCAAGACAUUGACGUUCCAGGGUGGUAACUCCGUUUCCAGUCUGAUUGCCUCUUGGGCCAACACAGGUGGAGCAGAAUGGCUGCGUUUCACUCUCCACAACCUCCACACCCCAGCUGAGAGCACCACAGUGUCAGUCAGGAGCAGUCUGUCCAACUACACUUUCCAGCACCUGCAACCGGGUACCCCCUAUCAUUUGGAGGUUACAGCCACAGCUGGGCCUUACCAGAUUGAGGGACCCAGCGCCACUGCUUAUACAAAUCCCCUGAAGCCAACCAAUGUGAGCUUGAUCAACUAUGACAGAAAUAACACUUUGAAGGCAGCAUGGCACUCACCAGCUGGAGGAAGAGAAUCCUAUCAGGUGAUUCUGCAGUCAGGAGAGAGUGGCACACCUGUCAGAAAUAUGUCAGUGGGAAGGAACGGCACACAUGUCAUCUUCCGCAGCUUAAGACCUGGGAAUCACUACAUUGCCUGGGUGACAGCUAUUGCUGGGCCACAUACAGCAUCCACAAAGAGCACUUCGGCCUGGACAUAUCCCACAGCUCCAACAGGUGGGAGGUUGCUGAGCCAGGGGAAUGCGCACACACUUCAGGCUUACUGGAAAGAAGUGGCUGGGACUGGCUAUGUGACUGCACUGUACACCGUGGAGCCCCUCAUGCUGGUACAAAACAAUUCAGUGCCUAAGGGCAAGUCCAGCCUGGCUUAUGAGGGGCUGAGACCAGGCACUCACUAUGCCUGGGAGAUCUGCGCUGUUGCUGGGCCUCACAUCUCCCUGCCCCUCCGCCUCAGCAACUGGACAUAUCCUUUGCCUCCAGAGCAUUUGAGACUCAGCAAUGAAGGUAACAGCACAAGGUCACUGUAUGCUUCUUGGCAGAAUCCCUCUGGGGGCAGAGGCCACUAUGUAGGAACACUUUUGGAAACUAAAUCACAAAUGGUGAUCAAAAACAUGACAAUUGCAAAGGACUGGACAAAUGUCAGCUUUGAACGGCUGGUCCCAGGACGUCAGUACACCCUGCAGAUGGUGGUAGCUGCUGGACCAUACCAAUCUAUUGUUCGAAGAGCCAGUGAUUGGACAUAUCCUUUGGCUCCUUUGAGAGUAACCCUGGCUACUAGCAAGUGGCCCUCCAGUCUUAUUGCCUCCUGGGACCCCGCUCCAGGUGACAGAGAGCAAUUCUUUCUGCGAUUCUACAGCCAGGAGCACCGACUGCUGAGGAACAUCACAAUUGGACCAAGCAUGCAGAAUUUUACCUUCCAGCAGCUUCUCUCUGGCAGCCAGUAUUUCUUGGAGGUCACGGCACUGGCAGGACCAUAUCGGGCCUCAUCCCAGGUGGUUUCUGCAUGGACAUAUCCUCUGUCUCUGGCUAAUGUGAGUGUGAAAUCUGGCCAGAACCCCCGGCAGCUGAUUGUGAAUUGGAUGGAAUCAGGCAGUGGACGAGAGUACUGGGUACAGCUCUACUCAGAUGAAUCCCUGUCCGCUAUCCGGAAUGUAUCAGUACCACAUGGAACUACUCAGGUGACACUGGAUGGCCUGGUGCCAGGAAUGCGGUAUCGUGUCGAGAUUGUCUCCAGAGCGGGACCUCACCACAUUUCCUCACAAACAGCUAUUGGCUACACAGUACCUUCGAUGCCACUCUCCCUGGUGGUGAAUAGUCAUGGCUCCUCAGUGUUGACUGUCCAAUGGAAGGCUCCACCUGGACAGAGGGACAGCUACAUGGUUUCUGUGUCUGAAGAAGGCUCUGCAGCUAUUAGAAGUCACAUGCCUGUGGUGAAAUCUAGCACUAAUAUCACUGUUGUGGGACUAACCCCAGGAACAUGCUACCUCAUUGCAGUGUGGUCACUGGCUGGACCCUACAGCUCUGCUUCCCGGAACAGCACAGGCUGCACAGCUCCAGCUGCACCUGUAAACCUGACCCUGAGAAACACUGGCAACCCUUCUGUACUCUACACAGCCUGGGCAGAGCCCCCAGGAGGCAGAGACCACUAUCGAAUAAUCCUGUACAGCCUAGAGCCUCCAGGUACAGAGAGAAUUCAGGUUGUGGGGCCAGGAACCCAGGACUUCAUCUGGACAGGUUUACCAGCAGGCAGCCAGUUUGCUGUACAGAUCAUCACCGUGAAAGGCAAAGCUGAGGCUUCUUCUACCACCAUUGUUGAGUGGACACACCCUUUGCCGGCUACAUCUGUGCAAGUGUGGAAUGAAAAAUAUCCAGGCAGGCUGAAUGUGGCUUGGGUACCAGCCUCUGGUAGGCUGGAUAGCUAUGAGCUGAACCUUUACCACUCAGGAUCUGGCACCAUGGCAUCACAAGCAUUUCUGGGAAGAGAUGCCACCAAUUUUACCUUCUCAAAUCUGAUACCAGGAGCCAAAUACAUGUUUGAGAUCAUCUCCAAGGCAGGACCCUAUGGGACUUCAGCAGGAAACUUCAGUGACUGGACAAGUCCUCUGCCUCCUAACAUGGUGCAGCUGUCAAACAAAGGGAACACUGACAAGUUGAGUGCUUCUUGGGAACCCACCAAAGGAGAACAAGAUGGCUAUGCAUUAACACUUUAUUAUGCUGGAUCAGGCACUGUGGCAGCCAAGACAUCUGUAAAGAAGGAUGCCACUAAUUUCACCUUCAUGCGCCUGAUGCCAGGAAGUAAAUACUUGCUAGAAGUUGCUUCCAUGGCAGGACCCUACCAGACAUCAGCAGCGAAUGUUAGUGAUUGGACAUAUCCCUUGGUUCCUGGGAAACUCUCCAUAAUGCUUGAGAAGAACAGCCGUGAAUUGUCUGUGUCCUGGGGAAAGCCCCUUAGCAAGCCAGAGCGCUGCCAGCUGCAGCUGUGGCAUGCAGGCAACAGCACUGGGCUACGGCACCAUGUCCUGGCCCAGUGGCAAGUCCAGCAUGUUUUCCAGGAGUUGGUCCCAGGAAGAAAUUACUCUGUAUCUCUCCACUGCAUUGCUGGACCAUAUAAGAACAGCUCAGAGACUGUGGCAAUCCCAGUAGAGCCCACUCGAGUGAAGGACCUUCAGUGUCUGCCUGACACCACCAGCAUUUUCCUGAACUGGACUAUCUCUGAGGGUGAUAUUGAGGCUUUUGAUGUAGCAGUGAAGAAGUUUCCAAAAGACUUCAAGCCGUCUAUGUUUCCUCUUGCUGUUUCCAGGGCUGAAGCCACUCUGGCAGAACUGACCUCUAACACCUCCUAUGAAAUCAAUGUUAGUGCAGUUGGCAGCAACAGCAUGAGGGGUCCACCUGUGACUGUGCUCUGUAACACAUCUGUGGAAGUCUUCCCCCCUCCUGUGCGAGCAGACAUCCCCCAGUUUGAUGCCAGUUCCAGAGUCAUCAUCUCCCCAGACAUGUUCAGCGAGGAGAAUGGCCUCAUAGAGUAUUAUGGUGUUGUUGUCACCACCAAUGAGUCUUUGUUGAGACCUACUCAAGACAUCAUCUACCGCACAUGGUAUGACCACUAUUAUGGACAGGAAGACUCAUACUUGGCUGUGUUGGUACCAAACCCAUUUCAUCUCAAUGAGAGCACCAAUCGCAAGGCAUGGCCAGUGACAGUGGGUACAGAGGAAUGUAGCCACUCCCGGCAGACCUGCAAUGGGAAGUUGAAGACAGAUGCACAAUACAGGUUCAGCAUUGCUGCAUUCACCAGAUAUAGCCAAAAAGCUCCUAAAGUGUCAUUCACGGCAUUCUCAGCAUCGGAUGCCUCUGCAGAUUCUGCUGCUUUAUCUGCCCCAGUUGUGGCUGGGAUCAUUAUGGGAUUCCUAGUGACAGUCACAGCAAUUAGUGCAUGGGUAUACUGGAAGCAUCUAAGAGCAAGGAGAAUGGAAAAGGGUAGCAUGCCCCAAGAAAUGACCACAUAUAGUCUGAGAAAUACUCACCGGCCAAUCCCCAUACAAAGUUUCAGGCAAUACUAUGAGACAAGAGCAGCAAACUCCAAUCAUGGGUUCUUUCAGGACUUUGAGGAGCUGAAGGAAGUGGGGAAAGAUCAACCAAAAACAGAAGCUGAACUUCCUGCCAACACCUCUAAGAAUCGAUACCUUCAUGUUCUACCUUAUGAUUACUCCCGAGUAAAGCUGAGCCUGCUGGAUGGGGAGCCCCACUCUGACUACAUCAAUGCCAACUUUGUGCCAGGUUACAACUCCCCACAGGAGUUCAUUGUCACGCAGGGGCCCUUGAAGAAAACUCUGGAUGACUUCUGGCGACUGGUCUGGGAGCAGCACAUCUGCACCAUUGUCAUGUUGACUGUGGGCAUGGAGAAUGGCCGGGUACUGUGUGAAUACUACUGGCCCUCAGACACCUCUUUUAUCUCUUCUGGGCAGUUCCGUAUUCACCUGCUUGCUCAGAAUUUUGCAGAUGAAUGGACUACACGGGAGCUAAAGCUCCAGCAUGAAGGACUAAAUGUGGAAAGGAGAGUGAUCCAUCUGCACUACACAGCAUGGCCUGAUCAUGGUAUCCCUGAGUCCACAGUCUCCAUAAUGAACUUCAUGGAGUUGGUGAGAGCCCAUACGCAGAGUGCAAAGGAAUCCGGGCCUACACUGGUACACUGUAGUGCAGGUGUGGGCCGCUCAGGCACUUUCAUUGCCCUUGACCGGCUCCUGCAGCAACUGAAGUACGAGAAGCUGGUGGACGUAUUCAAUACCAUUUACAGUCUGCGGAUGAGCCGCCACCUGAUGAUUCAGACUCUGGGGCAGUACAUUUUCCUGCACAGCUGCAUCCUAGAGAAGAUUUCUGAAGACCCACUUAUUGGCUUGCCUGGGAUAGAGCUCUCCCACCCAAUUCCUCUCAAGAGCUUUGUUCAGCACCAUGCACGGAACUGCUCCAAGGCCAAUGCUGGCUUCCUGAGGGAACAUGAGAUGCUCUUGGAAAUUGCAAAAGAGGAAGUCAGUUCUCCAGUCUCACCUUCUGGCAAUCAACAGGUCAACCUCUGCUCCAGCAAGAUCCCUUAUGAUCGUUCUAAAGUGAAGUUCUCACCACUGGGCCGAGAUCCCUUCUCUGACCUUGCACAUGUCUGGUUCAUCCCUGGCUACCACUCACCUAAGGACUAUAUAGCUAUUGAAGGACCUGACAAGUUGUCCCUAGAUGAGUUUUGGGGGCUGGUCUGGGAACAUGGAGUCCACACCAUCAUCACUUUACAACCUGGGCAGACAAACAGCCCGGUUCCAGACAACUCAUGCUGGCCCUCUGAGGGUGAACCUGUCUGUACAGAGAUGUUGACCAUACAACAAGGCCCAGAGAAGGCUGUUUCAGGAUGGCCAUGCAUUCAGCUCAGAAUGAAAUAUGAGAAGAAGGCCAAAGAGAGGUUGCUACAACGAUUCCUGUUCCCUCUGUGGGAAGGAGAGGAAUUGCCGGAUUCCGAGGUCCUGAUGGGUUUCAUUUCCAUUGUCAGGCAACUGUUACCAUAUCGGAAGAAAACCAGUCCCUUGGUUCUUCACUGCAGUUCGGGUGGUGUGGCCCAGAUGGGGAUUCUGAUUGCUCUGGAUACCCUGUUGCAGCAGCUGAAAGGAGAGAAAAGCGUGGAUGUAUAUGGUGUUGUCUUGAGGCUCGUGAGGAGCUGCUGUCUCAUGACUCCAACACUGGAUAAGUACAUGUAUCUAUACAAUUGCAUCCAUGACAUCAUCGCUCAGAAACAAGUCUAGGACCACAAUAGGCCUUGGCUUCCACUCUCUGUUAAAUGGUGGGUAGAUAUCGGAGCUGCACAAGACCACAGCAGGACUGUGGGCACACAGACUGAACUAAACUGUUCCAAUGCAGAGAUGAGCAACUGCCCCAGGGGACCUAUGCUCAGUCUGUGUGGGAAGUGGAAAAUCAGGAGUCAGCAACAGUGACUUACAAUGUUCCUGUCUUCUUCUAUCAGCAGUGCUCCAAGGCAGAAAUGGUCAAGCAAGAGCAAUGUAUUCCUCAUUCAGGAUGUAUUAUUUGCAGCAACAAUGGCACCUUACCCGAAUCUUCCUCACCUCUAUUUAGAAGCCUUGGAAUUUGGGGGACUCAAAGCUCCAACAUAUGGCUGGAAUUUGUGGCAGCCCACUAACAGAAUCAAGGUCACUGUGCCAUUCUAUGGCACCUCAACAUUUAGGAUAAUUUGUGUCAUUCUCUAAAAGGGCAUAGCUGGAAAAGGUGCAGAAAACAUCUCUGGAGGAUGUCCAUCAAAGCUGAUCAGCCUGUAGCUAGGAAGAGAGAGUACAUAGAAGGGUGGUGAGCAUUGGGCAGAGCAAUCCAAUGUCCUGCUCCUUCCCAACACACCUCCCCUGCUGCUGCCUAUAUUUGGUUUUCCAUGCCAGCACUUGCACCAACAUCAAUUAUGCUAAUGGAUCCUGUAUCUGUGGGAUCUGCUGGCACAAGGGAACUUAAUUAAUAUCCUAUCCUUGGCCAGCUGGCCCAAGUCAAGGAUAAGAUGGCACUGUAAAAUGCGUAGGAGUGUCUUCCUCACAAAAAACACAACUAAAACAAGCAUGGAUCAUCUUCCAUAUACAAGAAAAUGAAUUAAAUAAUCGAUGACUGUUUUUGCUUUUAAAAAAGUGUGACUGUGGAGAUAAAGACAGGGUUUAAUGCAAUUGUGUGGUUUGGAGAAAGGUACUAAAAAGAGGGGAAAAUAUUCAAUUAGAUCCAAAGAAUUGUGGUAAUCUAAUGACACUGCUGGGAAACCAAUUCAAGAGAGCUACAAAAACUGAUUUAUGCAAUAUGCAAAUAGCCUAUAGAAUUCAGUGCCAUGGGAGUGUCACGAUUCCACAUUUAGAUUCAUUCAUUCAUUCAUUCAUUCAUUCAAUUUAUAUACCGCCUAGUAUAAAAAUCUCGAGGCGGUGAACAGAAUUAAAAACAUAAAGAUAAAGGUUUAUAUAAUGGAGUAAAUAAAUUCAUGGAAGACAGGUCCAGCCACAGAUGGGAUUACACAGAAUAGACUGGAAUAGAUGCUGAGAACAAAGUGUGGAUAUGACCACUUUGCCCUACUUGUGAAUUUCCCCAGAGCACAUGGGUGGCCAUUGCUGGAGACAAUAUGCUCUUCUAGAUGGAAACUCUUGGUUCAGUCCAGCAUGUUUUGAUGACAGCCCCCUUGAUUCAUAUUCCACAUGCUGCUUCCAGAGAAAACCAAGGCAAGACUCAUCAUAAAUUCUUAGCACCCUCUGCUUUUUUGCCAUUCCUGUCUCAUUUCCCUGUUCCCAGCUGCUGAUUCCCUGGACUCUGUCAGUUCCCCAUCCUGUGAUAACUCUGCUGCCAAACAACAAAGACUGCAGUUGGCGGUCACUCUGUGUGUGUGUGUGGGGGGGAUUAUAUAUUUGAGGCACACGGAUGGGCCUCCUUGAGAGCAGGGCUCUAGGACACAUCUCCACUUUCCAAACCCUCUUGCAGCUCUGCCUUUAGGUCUCUUUUUCUCCAUGGAAGGACAAGACAGGGUUCUCUCAUCCCAAGCCAUGCUUUGGAAAGUUUUAUUUUCUCUUUCUUGGGUUGUUUCCAGAUUACACAGUACAACAGGGGUAAAAUGCUUAGGCUUGGCAGGAUCAUAUUGAAAACAAUCCCCAGAAUCUCAAAUGGGAAAAUAUUUUUUGCGACGCACAUGCAAUGUUGUAGCACUAUAACGCAAAGAUAAAAUCUGAAAGGCAGCAUCGGAAAUGUAAAUGGCACCCUGCUGUCAGUGCAGGGACUGUGGUGUCACAAUACAGGAAGUACAGAAGCACACUUAGCAGAUCUGUCUUGACACUGUUGUAGGGUUUAAUCUGGAAAGCAACUUGGUCUCAAACUCAGUUCUGUCUUAACUCUCUUUUUUAAAUGGUCACAAUUUAAAAACGAGAUUGAGGGUGAGCCAAACAUAUGUGAUUAUAAUGGGAAUGAAUUAUCUCAGAUUCUCCGAAACAGAAGAAAAGGGGCAAAUUGUUUUGUAAUAAUAAAUUAUUCUUUAAAAACGUUUUUGUUUUAAUUUCUCUAUUUUGCAAGUUUUUGUCUGCUUCAAUUGUGGUUUGUGAUAGGCAAAGUAUAAUGUGAGUAGUGUUCCACUAGAGGGCAGUGCUACAGUCAGUUUAUCAUUCACACGGUAGGGAUUAUUUUCAAAGGGCAAGUGGAUGAAGAAAAGGUGAGUCUGAGCAUUUUAGAACCAGUAAAUUUUGUAAAACCAGAAGCUGCAGAACAGUUUAUAUGAAACAAUGUUGUGUUGGAGAUGUCGACUGAAUAGAUCCGGGCAGAAUCGAAGCAGUUGUUGAACAGACAAGCAACCCAAUGUUUGUUUAUUAUAUCAUUUUAACAGAGGGAAAUUUAUCUUAUACAACUGCAACUAAAAUAGUAGAGCUUCUGUUGUAAACGUAUGAUAUAUCCUUAUCAUGUGGGAAACAAUCUGACCUGUGAUUAGUUUUCCAGGUUUGUGCCUGCUUAUUUUAAGCAUCUAUAUGCUGCUCUUGGAGCACACACAGCUCCCAAACCCUGGCAGAACACAGUUUUUGAUUGUGUGAAUGACCUCUUUAUGUAGAAUGAGAACACUGUUCCAUGUCCCAAAGAGACAAUCUAAAGAGAUACUAAGAAGACAAGAGAGGAAGUGUAGGGAAGAGAAGGCAAGGGAGGGCCUUGCUUCUUCUUGCUGUCCAUCAUUCACCCUAGAAGGGAUAGUGUUGUUGUUAAUCUAUCCAGUAUCUUCCAAACUGCAUAGCUCCUGGGUUGUAAGUGGGAUAUUGCCACAGUUUUCAGGCCUGUGUACAUUGAUUGUACACUACUGUAUACCCUAUUCACAUUUUACAACCUGUGUGGAUUUCUGAUGGUCUUGGAAAUGAAACAGGCAAGCCCAGAAAAAGGGUGUAAUCUCUCCUGCUACACAUAGAGAUUAGCUCAGAGAACCUACCUUUCAAUCCAGACCAGUGCAUAUUUGCAAAAAAAGCAUGUACAACUGUUAGAGAAUCUUGUGCUAGUGGCACUCUGUAACAUAGGUGUUGCUGUCAGAUCCAGCCUCCCAUUCUUCUGUCUCCCAUUCCGGCUUAAAUAUGUACCAGUGUCAAUAAAACCAAUGCCUUUACAUUGUUUUAAAUGGUGGGCAUUAUUUUGCCCCCCCCCCCCCAAUACACAGACAGAGACACAAGUGGACACCAAACAGGGCAAUGGAACUGGGACUAUGAUAUACUAGCAGGGGUGCAUAGCCGUUCAUAUGUGAAAAUGUACAACUUCCAUUUGAAACAAAGAAUAAAAGUAUAUUAAUUACUCUUA